AAAACAGCUGUUCAAAGCGAAGUGUUUGUAGUUUGCGAUUGAUAGCGUACGUCUUGGGUGUGCAGUCAGCGAAUGUAAAUCAAAAAUCAGUGAGCGCUAUUCACGCCGAACGCACGAACGAACUAUAAACAACAGAGAAAUAUCUUAAAUCAAAUAAAAUGGGUGCUACAGAAUUAAAUGCAUCGCAGAAAGAUCGUGUAGGCUAUGUGCGCAUACAGGAUAUACCAGUGUUAAAUCAGGACCAUUGCAGAAUGCGUGAUUCACAGCGGGUAGAGCGAAUUAUUAAUGAAUUUGUUUGCGGGGGACCGGAACGCAUGCAGGUAGUAUCCGACUUUGAUUAUACGAUCACAAAGCAACGUACGGAUGAUGGCGUUGCUGUUCCCUCGAGCUUUGGCAUCUUUAAUUCGUGCAAGUCCCUGCCAGAUAACUUUAAGGAGGAGAUUGACAAACUUUUUCAUAAAUACCAUCCCAUCGAGAUUGAUCCGCAUAUGCCCAUAUCAGAGAAGGUGCAGUACAUGAUCGAGUGGUGGACCCAGUCGGGCAAAUUGGCCACUGGCUUCGCCUUUGAUUUGACCGAAUUGGAUCAAAUGACGAGCCAAUUUAAACAUGCGCUACGUGACGGAACGCAUGAACUAUUCGAUGCACUGCUGCGACUGCAAAUUCCAGUUCUUGUCUUUUCUGCUGGUCUGGGCAACUCGGUAGUAUCACUGAUGGAACAAGCGAACAUAAUGCAGCCCAAUGUCAAGGUUGUUUCGAACUUCUUACGCUAUCGUGAUGGACUGUUGGACGGUUUUCAAGAGCCAAUGAUACACAUUUUUAAUAAGAACGAAACUGUGCUCGAGGGAGGGGAAUAUUAUGAACUGGUUCAUACACGCGAUCAUAUCAUUGUCAUGGGGGAUUCCCUUGGCGAUGCGGACAUGGCAGCCGGCGUGCCAUCUUCAUCGCACAUUUUAAAAAUUGGCUUUCUCUUUCACCAUGUGGAGGCCAACAUGGAAAAGUAUAUGAAUGCCUUUGACAUUGUCCUGGUGGAUGAUCAAACUAUGAGUGUGCCACAAGCUCUGCUCGCACUCAUCGACAAGCGUCAUCAACUGCGUCAUCCACACGGAAGUAAUGGAACAGCUCCUGUACAAGCUCAGCUACAAUCGGCUUCACUUUAAAAUUAGAUUUGGUCUACUUCCUUGCUAUAUGUAAUUUGUUAACUUAUUAUUAAUAUAAAAAUCAUUAUUAUAUUAAUAUAAAAAACAACACAAAAGAAGCUACAAAUUAGUCGGCUUAGGCAUAGAAGCUCACAUAAUUCACAUAAAACACAUUUGUUUU